AUGGAUUCGGACUCGAGUUCAGGCGGCUUGGGGGGUGACUCAUCCUCCGAGUCCUCAUCUGACGAGGCUGUGCACCCCAGCUCGCCGUCUCACCACACACCGGCGCUGCCGAAUGUUUCGCAGGAUCGGCUCGUGGUCAGCCGCAGUCCUUCCAAAAACUCGGCGGCAGAAGUGAACAAGAUAGUGGAGGGCCUUACGUCCUUUCGAGCGGCUCUGCUCACAAAUCAAAGACUGACACUGCAGAUGCUUGACCGGGAGAUGGAGAAGGUGAAGCAAUUGCCAAACAUGGUUGCCGAGGGUAAAGUGGAAAGAAGAGAGAAGUCCAAAGAGGUCAGGGUUAGGCUUCCGGGCGCUCUCGGCCCUGAGACCAAUGACAAUUUUGGUGAGGGCCGAAACCUAUCGAAAGAAGUCAAGCAGGCUCUGACCCCUGCUCCAUUUGCACAUCUUCAAACCUUGGACCAGAAACGGAAGAGGCGAAUGUCUUGGAUCCCGAAGACUGGAUCUCUUCCAGGCACAAGCAGUACGGACUUUGAAACUCAGCUGGCUCAGCUUCCCAAUGUGCCGCAGAGCGAGCACCCUCCAGAGCUCCCUUUCAAGAUGAGCACCAAUUCGAGGCGGAGCUCGCGGGACACUGAGCCAGAGUCUCCAGAGUCACUCGUUGUGGCCCACCUGACAAAAGCUGAGAAAGCCCAAGCGAAGAGGGAAGCAGAAGCCUUUCAAGAGGCAGGAAUGCUGGCCCAGUUCAAUGCGGAUCUGGCAAGGAGUCAAGUCAGGAAGAGAGCUGCAGAAGAAUUCGAAGUCAACAAACAUAAUGAGAAGCAAAAACAGGAUGGCAUUCUGCCGAAAAUUGCAAGAAGCUCUCUGCUGGAGCGUGCCACCAUGACCGUAAUCUUCCUCAAUGCGAUAUGGCUCUCAAUCGACAUUGAGUUUAAUGAUGCAGACAUCAUUGUUGAAGCUGCACCGGGCUUCAUCAUUGCCGAGAACUUGUUCUGCGCAUACUUCACUGCGGAGUUGCUCAUCCGGUACUUGGUCUACACGCGCACUUGCUAUGCUCUCCAGGAUCCAUGGUUUGUAUUUGACUUGGUGCUAGUCAGUCUCAUGAUCUUUGAGACUUGGAUUAUGGCCUUGGUGUACCUCUUCUCCGACGGUGGAGGAGGCAACAUCGUGGGCGGUACUUCAGUGCUGCGUGUGGCUCGCGUCUUGCGGGUCCUCCGCACGGCGCGGAUGGCUCGAUUGGUGCGGUUUAUGCCAGAGCUAAUGAUCCUCAUUAAGGGGAUGAUGGUCGCUUGCCGGUCGGUCUUUUUUACAUUGAUCCUGCUUUUGCUCAUCACCUACGUUUUCUCGGUUGCUUUCAUGCAGUUCAGCCGCGGGACGCUGCUUGCGGAUCCAGAAUACGAGUUUGCCUUCUUCGAUUCAAUGGGACGAACCAUCAGCAGCCUCAUUUUAUACUGCAUCUUUCCUGACCAGGAGUUCUUCUACACAGAGGUCGCCAAGCAAAGUUGGGAAAUGGCCAUCCUGGUUGUGGUUUUCAUCUUCCUUGGAUCCCUGACCGUGAUGAAUAUGCUUCUGGGAGUGCUGGUCGAAGCCAUCAAGACCGUGUCUGAGAUCGAGCGUGAGCAGAUGGAUGUGGAUUUUGCCAAGAAAGCACUUUGGGAGCUCAUCAGCAAAGGAGCUGCAGACGAAGACGGUGACAACCGCAUCUCAGAGCAGGAGUUCGUGAAUGUGCUGUCAAAGCCGGAGGCAGUGACAGCCUUGACGAGCCUGGGUGUCGACGUCGAUGCUGCCCUGGACUAUGGAAAGCUUUUGUUUGAAGAUGGAGAGCCGCUGACAUUCCCCGAUUUCAUGCGAGGUAUUCUUACGCUACGGGGCUCGAAUCAAACAACCGUGAAGGACAUUGUGGACUUGCGGAAGUUUACAGCAGAAGAGUUCUCGCAGCUCCACGAUGUGCUUCGUGAACUAUGUCUCUUCUUAAUGGAUAAAGGACCACCCAAAGAUAAUGCCGACACGAAGCCAUCAAGAUCUUCAUCACGCACUUCCGGACAAGCCCGCAAGGAGGCGUGA